UGCGUUUUGAAAUUUAUUGAAUGUAGCAACUUAUGACAAUAGGAUACUAGGGAACACGGUGGUUAUCACUAACAAUACGCUCUUAAAGAUGUUAGCGCGGCUAAAUGUGAGUGGCCACCCCGCCCAGUAGGAUUCAAUUAGAGUUUCGUGAGAGCCAAAAAAGAUUGGGGGAGUGGAAUUUCAAUGACAAACCGAUAUCCGUUACUGAGAACUUCUUCUUUGUUCACUUUCCCCGCACUCAAUAAUGGCUGCCGCACCUGCAAACCCCUCCCUACUCACCAUGUACUUGACUGAAUUGGCUGCUCAUCCAUUGAGAACCAAGGCUCUUACCAGCGCCGUCUUGUCUGGUGUUCAGGAGUUCACAGCCCAGAAGCUUUCCGGCACAAAGCCUACCAGCGCUGGACCAGUUGACAAGCGAGUUGUACAAAUGACUCUCUACGGUUUGUUGGUGUCUGGACCUUUGAAUCAUGUACUUUACGACAUUUUGAACAAAGUCUUUGCUGGCAAGACUGGUCCCAAAGCAAAGUUAUUGCAAUUGUUGGCUUCCAACUUGAUCAUUUCUCCCAUUUUCAACUGUGUCUACAUUUCCGCCAUGACCAUUAUUGCUGGAGCAAGAUCUCCUUCCCAGGUCAUCGCUUCCGUCAAGAAUGGCUGGUUCCAGAUGCAAAAGGUGUCUUGGGUCAUCUCUCCCAUCACCAUGACCUUUGCUCAAAACUUCUUGCCCCCUCACACCUGGGUUCCCUUCUUCAACUUGGUUGCCUUCGUCUUUGGUACCUACAUGAACACCAAGAUCAAGCGCAGACGCAUUCAGGCUGAAAAGGAGGCUCAAGGAAAGAAGCAAUAAUUCAUACCCUUCCUGCUCCAUUGUGUUUUUGUUCCCCGUAACAUCUGUACUUUUCAAUAUUUUCUCUCUUCGUUUCAAAAGCGCUAUAUUUAAUGCCCAUGGGAAACAAAAUAUAAAUAACAAAGUGAUUCUAAUUGAGAGAGAGAGAAUAGUAAUAUGUACAUUGAGGAAGACUU